AUAUCCUGUAUGCUUCCGCUCGUCAGACUUCACAAGGCGUGAAAAAGGUAACACCGCGCCUUCAUGUACAUUUGGCACUAUCGCAAAAAACUAGUAAGCCACCUUUAUUAGCCGUUCCGUGCAUCGAGCAAUCUCGCCGCGCACCGUCAGGGCGGAAAGCCGAAAUCGAAUCAGACCGAAGCGGAGAGGAGAGGGAAAAAAAAAUUCAUCAGAAGCGAAGUGGGGGACAGGGAGAGGAAAAAAAAAAAAAGAAGUCGGGGGCGGCCGCCGACGGCGAGCAGCGAGCGGAGGAGCAGAGAAUGUCGGCGCUGCAGAGCUGGCGCAAGGCGUACGGCGCGCUCAAGGACACCACCACCGUCAGCCUCGCCAAUCUCAACUCCGACUUCAAGGAUCUGGAUGUGGCGAUUGUGAAGGCCACGAAUCACGUGGAGUGCCCGCCCAAGGAGCGCCACCUGCGCAAGAUUGUGGCGGCGACGUCCAUCGCUAGGCCUCGGGCGGACGUCGCCUACUGCAUUCAUGCUCUUGCUCGCCGCCUCGCCAAAACCCGGAACUGGAUUGUUGCACUGAAGACACUUGUGGUGAUCCACAGGCUUCUCCGGGAAGGUGAUCCUACAUUCCGUGAAGAGUUUCUUACUUUUACACAAAGAGUGCGGAUUUUGCAAUUAUCGAAUUUCAAGGAUGAUUCCACCCCUGUUGCUUGGGACUAUUCUUCAUGGGUUCGUACAUAUGGCUUGUUUUUGGAGGAAAGACUAGAAUGCUUCAGGGUCUUAAAGUAUGAUAUUGAGGCUGAGCGUUUGUCGAAACAGGGUCAAGGGCCUGAAAAGGGCCACAGUAGAACCAGAGAACUAGAUUCUCCAGACUUGCUGGAGCAAUUACCAGCACUGCAACAGUUACUAUAUCGACUUAUUGGAUGUCGGCCAGAAGGAGCUGCAAAUAGCAAUUAUUUGGUGCAGUAUGCUCUAGCUCUGGUUCUCAAAGAAAGCUUCAAAAUCUAUUGUGCAAUAAAUGAUGGAAUUAUCAACCUUGUCGACAAGUUUUUUGAGAUGCCAAGACAUGAAGCACUCAAAGCCCUUGAAAUUUACAGGAGGGCUGGACAGCAGGCUGGAAGCCUAUCGGACUUCUAUGAAAAUUGUCGUGGAUUGGAACUUGCAAGAAAUUUCCAAUUUCCUACUCUGAGGGAGCCACCACAGUCAUUCCUUUCAACCAUGGAGGAGUAUGUGAGAGAGGCACCACGUAUGGUUCCAAUUAAGGAGCCGUUGGAGUUUCCAGAGAGACUACUUCUGACAUACAAACCAGAAGAAUCAGAAGAAGCUCCUGAGCUUGUUCCUGCUGAGGAGGAGAAACCACAAACUGAAGAACCUGCUGCUGCUGCUGCUGCUGCAAUGCCAUCUUCUGCUGAAGUAGUUUCACCUCCUCCUAAAGUUGAGGUCGUAGACACUGGUGAUUUAUUGGGAUUAAGUGAUCCAACCCCUAGUGUAUCGGCAAUAGAGGAAAGCAAUGCUUUGGCCUUGGCUAUAAUUCCUACAGGAGGUGAUACUUCAACAAGUGGCACAACUACUGUGCAAGAUAAAGGAUUUGACCCUACAGGAUGGGAACUUGCUCUUGUUACUACCCCAAGCACCAACACAAAUUCACUGGCCAUGGAUAGUAAUUUGGGCGGUGGAUUUGACAAGCUCACACUGGAAAGCUUAUACGACGAUGGAGUCUACAGGCAGCAUAUGCAGCAGCAGCAGCAGCUCUAUGGCUCAGCUGCCCCCAACCCAUUCAUGGCGACCGAUCCUUUUGCAAUGUCGAAUCAAGUAGCUCCCCCACCAUCAGUUCAAAUGGCUAACAUGGCUCAGCAGCCGCAGCAGAUGCCUCUGAUGAUGCAGCCAAAUCCAUUCGGACCACCAUUACAGCCACAGCAUGCAGGCAUUGCUCAGGCACCCAACCCCUUCCUCGAUGCUGGGUUCGGCCCUUUCCCGGCAUCAAAUGGAAUGCAGCACCCUCAAGCCAACCCAUUCGGAACCGCCCAACUUUUAUAGGGUCACCCAAUUAAACACACGCGAUGGGCACUUGGGCAGUGCAAAAUUCAGUCUAUAUACUCUAUAGAGUUACGUACUGCGUGUGUCGAGAAGUGAGAUUUGCAGGUGUCGCAAUGGUACAGUAUAGAUAAGAUAACCUACUUUUGUGUUGGCUUCUCUUUGGCUGUGGCCGCUCGAUUCUUUUGUAGCUAACGCCUGUAUUAAACCUCAUGUGCAGCAGUAUUGUUUUUUCCACCAUUUGUGGCGUGGCGGCUGGGCUUGGACGACUCUUCUUGUAAAGCAAUUUGUUCUCUCAUUCAAAGUUACAUGUCAAUAAAAAGGUCAUAGGUUGCUUGUAAA